UCCGUCUGUUCUUUUUUCUGCCUUUUCUGUCUUUUUUUUUUCUCCUUCUCAAAUUAGAUUGGUUUCGCUCACUCAACACCAGCAGAUCCGAGCCUAUCGAAUUGGCAAUCAUUAUUUCAUCUUCAGCUUAGGUUGUAAUACCUUGUGCAGCUGACGUGGACCCUUCUGUAUGGCACUGUCUGAGAGUGUGUGCUCUAAUCUGGCCUCCACUGUUUUUACCCCCAACUUUGCCUGGUCGCGAGACACGUACCUACCGCAUACAAAUGAAGCAAACAACAACUACCAAAACACAACGUUCAUCAAUCAACACUUGUUGUGCUGGCCUUGGGUCUCACCGCCGCGUCCUUUUAUCUUUUGUUCGCAUUUCAAACCCACUGCUUCUAUAGCAUUCCAGGUCCAGUCUCGGGAGCAAGCCAGCCUAGCCCUUUCUUUUCUUCUUUCCUUUGCGUUUACAAAGUAAACUUUUGCCCUGACCGCCACCACAACAACCAGACCCUCUUAGUCCACAUUGACACCUGGACCGGUCGGUGGCGUCAGCAGGUACCCUUGCGAUCCGGCACUUCCAUCCGGUGCAUCGCGCGCUUCUUUUCCACAUUCCUCCCUCCGUCCAUAGGGAGAUUGAUUGAAUUUUGGAACGCGACCAAAAGAGCGACCUAACGCGGAAGCGGCACGAUAGAGGGAAACCCCUUUCCCACCGAAUCUAAGUGGGUCUGGUACUUGGAGAAUUCAGUCUUCUUCAGUUGGAGAUUGGACAGACACAACACGCACUCACACAGACGCACACACUGGAGUCCGUCUAGGAAAACUUAAUUCUUUGGAACACACCUUUCCCACCACUUGCCAAACACCACCACCACCAUUAAGUUGAAAACGCACCGCUGGCCGGAACAAAAAAAAAGGGGGAUGUUUGGAUGCUUUAGCUUCUCUCUCUACCCAUGUAUGUAUCGGUUUCCAGCUGAAAGAGGUUGAACUUGUACGCCAUCAAGUUCCCGUCUCCCAAAUCUACGGAGUACUCAAACCGAAAAGCCAACAACGAAGCUGAGUUCCUUCUGCGCCACCCAAAGCAGGACGGACCGGCGCUGUGUCAUCCCAGCUUUCCUAUUCGUUGUGCGAAUCACUGCUUGUUUUCUCUGCGCGAAACGACCGAAACUUUGAAAGGUGCAUCCCGCUGCCCGACUCCACUUUUUCUUCUCGACAAUCAACCGAACCCAAACCAAACCAGGCCAAAGAAAGAACGCAGACGUCACUGGUGGCCCACUCACCCACGCCUUGUUGCUGCUUGGGGCACGCUCCGCACCAUUGAGUCAGGCACAAGAACACCAGAACGCACUUAAUCUUAGUCCUCCAGCUGCAGCCCGAUUCAGUCCGACAUCUGCCGGUAGGGACAAGCAGACCCACGACAAACUUGAUCUCGCUCGACUUGACCCAAGUCUAAAAGGGACCACCUGCAGUUUGUCUAGGGACACAAAAUACGCACAAGGUCAGGAGGAGCUACCUUUGGACCUCACUACCUUAGACUAGUACAACAUUCUUCGUAACUCGCCCCCGACCGAUCCAAAGAGCCAAAAGACGCCCUCCACAUUUUGUCAUCUCGCCCGAUCGUCUCGACUUCUUUUUCUUCUGCUCGCCCCUCCCUCGGUUUUCGACAAAAAGCACUCGCCUCGGACUUGUCACCGGUCCUCCUCGUCUGGAUCAUAACUACGGCUUAUCAGCUCAUGUGCCACACCAGCGACAGUGCAGCCAAACAACAUGGCGAGGCUAGCCUCGUCCGACUCUUUCCUACCUUCAGGUGCACACGACAUGCAUCAUUUCUCCCUCUCGCAGGGAGGUGACACUUCUGUAAUCUCUCCUCUGUCCCUUCCGAGGAAUGCGACACAUUACUUUGAGCCUCAGGCCCGCCCUGCACUCCCGACCAGCAACUCGUACCGUGCAAGGGGUAGACAAUCGAAUCAUUUCUUCUCUCCCAGGCUAGCUCCGACUUCAACACAGAUGAGCCAUCAACUUUACUUGCAGCAGCGCCAACAGAAACAGACGCAGCAUCGUUCGGCCAGUCUGUCGCCAACAUUCAGAGGCACCUCCGUCCCGACAGUCAGUGAACUUAUUGGGACAUCGCGUGCCCUCUUAACCCAUUCACUACCUACUGGCGACACCAUGCUGUCGCCGCCGCACUCAGUACCACCCUCACUUUCAAGUUCAAUACCAACAUCGGCACAUUCGUAUGGAAUGCAGACCCGCGCGGCCUCUGCUGAUUCUACUGCAUCGGCGGGCAACCUAUAUGCACAGAGGAUAGCAAUACUCGAGAAGCAGAAUGCAUCAAUCCGUCAGGCUUGGGAGAACGAACGAAAGUAUUUGGAAGCCAAUCGGGCACGCGCUGAGGAGGUCUAUCAAGAAGAACGCACCAUUUGGGAGGCUGAACGAGCCAUUCUAUUGGAAGAGAUUGCUCUUCUCAGGUUAGAGGUUACACGAGCACGCAUCUCCGGAAUACCCGAGUGCGGUGAGGAUGUCAUUGGCCUUAGAGGUGGCGGCGACAGCUGUGGACACCCGGCUGGCUCGGACAGUGUGCCGGUGUCUUCAGUGUCGUCGGAACAGGAACAGGCCUUGACCCAGGCGACGUCAUGUCAUUCAAAAGCCUCGCAGGUUCUGGCUCGGCUGGCAAACGGUGCGUCUGGCCUUAGCCCGCCACUCGGGGCACGAAUCAGUCCUUUGCAGCAAUCCCAGCCUCGAUCACAUGUCAGCAGUCCUCCCCAGGAGCCUUUGGAUGCAAUGCCUCCGCACGAAUCCAGGUCGGGGACCCCUGUGCCUACCAUUGAUGUGCAGAUUAUCCAUCCCGACCUCGAAGGCAUUCCCAUCAAGAAGACUGCCGUCGAGAAGUCAACUUUUACCGACAGCGAAACUAGCCGUACUACGUCCAAGUCCGGCUCAGCCAGAUCCUCGCCCCCUCCCCAAAGUUCUAGCCCCGACGGAGUAAGGAGCAGGCCGCAGGAGAAGGACGUAUUGAAGGUCCUCGCAGCACCAGCACCCCAGCGUCUUGUCAUCAAUGCAGGACAUACGCCAAAUCACUCUCUGUCAAUUCUCCCCUCAGCAACAACCACUGUAGCACACACUACCGCAAGUAGCUCGGGUGAGGUAACACCUACUACCACAGCACCUGACGGAUGCCUCAGCCGCGGAAGUGCCGGCAAGAACAAGCAUGUCGAGGAGUCCUCAGAUUCAACCCUCACUGUUGGGGCAGACGCAGCCGGCGGUGAGGCAAUCGAUAUGGGUACCUUGACGCCACCUGAGGGCGAUCAACCUCUGAAGGGAUUUCUUGGUAUUCGCAACCAGCCUGCCCAUGACGAGAUCUUUUUCCGUAAGCUUGACAGGAAGCUCGAGGCCAUUAAGAGUGAGGGUGAUGUUGUGCCCACUGUCCUCAAGAACGCCGAUGAGUCCACAGAUGGUGCCAAUCAACUUACUGAGAAGGUCACGGGAGACCCCAAUGGUGAAACUGGACCUGAACAGCAACCGGAAGUCUCUGGUCAGGGAUCCCAAUCAUGCAGCGGAAGCGAUACCGAGGAGCUGAACUUGGAAAUUCCACUUAAGUUCAAGAAGUCCAACAACUUUGGCGCUCCACUGGGGUAUGGGUUCGCUGCCGGCUCCGCGCAGGCACACUAGGAAGGUGUCAGCAGCAGCGAUAUAAGUGGCAGCGACGGUACUCGAGAUAUAUCUCGUCAACCGAGCUCAAAGCUUGUCAAUACUGAAGCGAGCUCUGUGCAGCAAGGCUCGCAGUUAGUCUCCCCAACUAGUCUUGCGCAGCAUCAAUACCACACGGACAUUACGAGGCACAUUCGUCACCAACUCUACCAGGCAGUUCAAGGCAAGCUUGUCUGCUCGACAACUCAGUCUGUGAGCUCCUACUUGGAUCUCAAGGUCCCUGAUUCCAUACCGCUCAGAAAGACGAUGGACAAUUUCGGCGCUCCGUUUGGGGAAUUGAACCCUCCUCGUCGACAUUCUGUCCGCUGAUAAAUCUACGUUCAAAAUUUCAUGAUACACCCACCGAUUACUUCUAUUUUGGAAACUCUUGGUCACCUUGGGUCUCCCUUUGCCUUUAUGUUCAGCCACAUUACACGUCUCGGUUCCGUACAAUUCUGAAAUCGGAACUCUUUUUCUUUUGUAGAUACUUCUCGCAAACUCACGACCCAUUUUUAUCUUGAACCUUUAUCGUUUUUGCUUUGUCUUUUUUUCACUUUUUUUCAAACACGGGGUUUUCUCUUGUUCUUCUUCUACCCCUCGUAUUAUUGCACAUGGCGGCGCAAAUACUUCGGCCCACGCCAGCCUACUUUACACUUGAAAAUUGGUUUCUUCUCUUUUGUCACAUUGUCAUUUGGGCGCUUGACGGAGUUCUAACACAUAUACCCCCUUUACCACUGGUGUUCAUCCCCCUUUUUUUCCCCUUUGUUUUUGUUAUGACCAUCAAUCAGAUCAUAGAUUUUUCACAAGAAUAAAAAAAAAGGACAUUUGAAAUCGUCCGGAAAUUGUUACUGUUUUCGGUUCACCGAUGCUUUCCAGUUGUCUUGUUUGUCCCAGUCAUCUCUGUCGUUAAAAUUUAAGGAACAGGGCUCAAGGCAUGCCAAUAAUCACUCUGCGGGAUGUUGAAAUGGGCAGAAUUCUUGCCAUGGACUUGCUAGCAGUAUCAGCCAUACGUGUUAGUCGCAAACAGGCUUUACAUAUAUGAUUAUAUGUUGUGGACAC